ACCGUCGCGUACGCAUGUGCGAUCAUAACAUAUAUACAGAAAUACGCUUUAGUGAUUUACCGUUAUACUUUGUAGAGAAUUUUUGUACCGCUAAGUUCGUAUACCCGUUUAAUUUUGUAUGUGGUACUAAUAUACAUUUACCAUAUGACGGCUUAACGCGUGUUUAGCUACAAUCGAAGCGUUCUAGUUUGGUAAUUUUAGGUAAAUCACAAAGAUAACUUCUUAAGCUGGCACCAAUAAUGAAGAAAGUGAGCACUGUUCCUACCGGAAAAAGUGGGUAUACUGGCCAUAUCGGAAAAAGCACUCCAAAACUGGGCUCCGCAUUAGCUUCCGGUGGCAAACUACCAACAGUUGCGACUGCUUCUCCCAAAAGUUAUGGGUCAUCUUAUCAGCCAUCAAGAAAUAAUAAAUCGUCAACUUUUGGUAUAAUAUGGUUACCCGGUAAAAAACGAAAUAAGCAUAAGGAAUUGGUUUAUAAUUCCCACAAAAAUGAACGUACUGGUGACCGAGCGCCAUCUAUGUACAAUUUCAUGUCGGGAGAUUCCUCUAGCCAGCUGACUCAUUUGAAGAAGAAAGAAGAAGAAUCCGACCUAUUGGUUCCUCAACACAGUGGUCAUAUUCCGGUAGUUGUUGCGGGUGCAGGGGUUGCAGCAGCAUCUGAACUUCCACCUGAUAUUGUGAGCACAAAUUCAGAAGAAAAACAAGAAUUUAUUAAGAGUGAUAAAGAAGACCGAAAGGAGGCAUCUGGAGAUGCAAAUGAUAAUGGAAAAAAACCAGAUAAAGAUUACCUUGAAAACAAUGAAAUAGACAAAAGCUCUUCAAACACAAAGACAGAAAAAGACAAAUUAGGUGAUAACGUGGACAGUGUGUUCCUUAGAUCCCCACCACCUCAUAAGACUCGGUCUACUGCAUCCACAGUCGAGGAAGAAGACUGUGGAAUUAAAUGCCUAUACUAUACAUUGCAAUGUUGUGAUUGUGUGCUCAUGUAAGCUGCCAUUAAUUUAGUUAUUUCUAUCAUAUAUUUGUAUAAGGGGUAUAUUUUGUAGAUGGACAAUCUUUAAAUUGUAUACCAUUCAUAAUCUUUAUACAACAUUCCAUAAGAAUUAAUAACAGUUCCCUAUGAAUUACUCUGCAUCAAACAAAGCUGAUUAUGAUAUUAAUUAUAUAUUGUACAUAUCCAUUUAUUGAUUCUUAAAUUUGACAAAUAUCUUAUUGUAGAUAAUGAUUGGUCUUCAUAUAUCCUUCAGUGAGACAUAUGUAUGCAUCUCUACAUAUAUACCCUACUCAUUAAGUGAGACCAUACAGUGACCUAGAUUAAGUUAUUAGAAGUAAUUCAAUAUUGUAUUACAAUUAAGUUUUGACAAAUACAGAGACGGGAUGAGGGGAAACACUAAGAGCAUACUGUCAAAAUUUCGCCUUAAAAUGUUCUUUGUAUUAAAAUUUACCAUUUGUUCAUUAAAUCUUGCAUAACAUAUCAACAAGUACAGGACACAAACAAAUUAUUUUAAUUUUGAUAUAACAUAAUUAUGCAUUUGUAUGAACUUUGAGAUUAAGCUCUAUUUUUGUACUUAUUUUUGUGCCAAAAGCAUGAGUAUGUUCAAGAAAUGUAACUUUGGAAUUUUGCAAUUAAUCACUGACAUUCCAACUAAAACCUCAAUUUUUGUGAUAAGAUUUAUAUAUUUUUGUAUUUAACUUUAUGUAAUGUUUAGUAUUAAAACUCAAUCCUUAAUUAGAUUGAUACAUUUCAGUGUUAGGUGCUGAGAAAUUUGUUACUUGAUUAUUCUAUUAUACUUUUAAUAUUUCAUACAUUGUAUGAUGCGUUUCGUUUUCAAAUUAACUUUACCAAAACAACAAUUGAAUCUCAUCAGUCUCCGUCCACUUUUGGAGUCUGUCACUCGGUAAGGAAAAAAGUAUUAUAUAUUUUUAAAUAUGUACACAUUUUGUACUGAUAAAUAAAUGUAUGGAAAAUGUAAAA